AUGAUCAGUUUCCGAAGCAUAAUCUCUUCCGGUGUAUCUAAAACCUCAAUCAGAAAUCUCUGUGUUUCUAGGAGUCUUAGAAGCGACUUCUCACAUGUUGUUAUCGGUGGUGGGGUAGUGGGAACGGCAAUUGGAUUUGAACUCCAAUCACAAAAAGAUUCUAAUGUCCUUAUUGUAGAACAACAUGAGAAAUUGGGGAUGGAAACCACAUCUCGGAACUCAGAGGUUAUACACGCUGGACUUUAUUACCCCAAGGACAGUUUGAAAGGGCAGCUUUGUAUAGCAGGGAAGAAGAAAAUCUAUGAAGCUUACGAUCUGGGAAAAUUCAAUACUGUUCAAGUACCAUUGGAAAAAUGUGGUAAAUGGGUAGUGGCUCAGAAUGAAGAUGAAAUGGAGUAUUUGGAGAAGUUACUUCAACAUUCUCAACUGGUUGGAGUUCCCGUAAAUCUUGUGAGUGCGGAAAUGGCUAAAGAACAAAUACCCAAGAUCCACGCUGGAAGUGGAGCCUUGGAAUCUCCAACUACAGGAAUUAUUUCAGCUCAUGAUCUCUCAUUGUAUUAUGAAACUCAAUUUGAAAACAAUGGUGGUACUAUAGGACUCAACACAAAAUUGAUAGGGUUAGAAUACAAUGGAGCCAUUCCAAACUAUACUUUAUUUUUACAGGAGAAAGAAUCUGGUGAAACAUUUGAAAUAAGUUCUGACAACGUUAUUAAUUCUGCAGGUUUACAUGCUGCUAAAGUCUCAAAUAUGCUUCUUCCAGAGUCAAGACAUUUACCCAGUUAUUUUGCCAAGGGUUCAUACUUUAGUUAUCAACCAGAAGUAAGUGUUGGAAGAGUUUCGGAUAAAUUAAUUUAUCCAUGUCCAAACCCCAAUGCAUCUUCAUUGGGGGUACACUUAACUUUUGAUUUAGGUGGACAGAUAAAGUUUGGUCCAGAUUUAGAAUGGCUCGAUAUAAAAGAUGCAGAUGAAAUUAGUUAUGACGUUAGUCAAAAAAACUUGGAGCCAGCUUUUGAAGCUAUUAAACGAUACUUCCCUGAGGUUACUUUAGAAUCAUUACAACCAUCAUACAGUGGAGUAAGACCAAAAAUUGUUUCAGCAGCUGAAAAUAAAAAGCAAUUUGCAGAUUUUAUCAUCAGAGAAGAAGAAGGAUUCCCCGGGUUUAUCAAUUUAAUUGGGAUUGAAAGUCCAGGGUUGACUUCCUCAUGGGCAAUUGGUGAGUAUGUAAGGGAUAUAUACUACAAAUAG